AAAAUUUCAUUUAAAGUGCAUUUUCGAAAUUUGGUUCCUUUACAAAUUGAAAUUGAAAGUUUUUAAAAUCCUUUUCAAUUCUCUUCUAUCCUUUUAUCAACCACAGCAGCGUGCAUGGGAAAUCAACAGGGGAAACUACAACAUCAUAAUCAAAGUGGCCGACCUAAAAAGAAUGUUCACUGGAAGACAGCAGAACGUCCAUCUCCGCCCGGACGUCCAAUGUUAAUACCGUUGCCCGAUCAGCAACCUGAUGUUAUUAGUUUACGUUUUGAACGUCCAAAGGUUGAUGGCGGCUCACCCAUUACAGGCUAUGUUGUCGAACAUCGGCGCAUGGGCUCACCUCAUUGGGUACGAGCCACUCCUACACCAAUUACGCGCUGUGAAGUGUGCAUAAGUGGUCUUGAGCCGGGUUGGCGUUACCAAUUUCGUGUUUUUGCCGAAAAUAUCGUGGGGCGAUCCGAACCUAGCGAAUUAUCUGAUAUUUUAACCGUCACCUUGCAGCGUAACGCUAUCAGCGUGCCCCGCUUUAUAAAUGAACUAGAAGAUAAACAUGUUGUUGAAGAUGAACGUAUCGAAUUUCGUGUACGAUUUUUGGGUCAACCACCACCUGAGAUAAACUGGUUCAAGGACGGUUAUGAAAUUUUCAGUAGUAGACGCACAAAAAUUGUUAACGAUAGCGAAGCGAGCGUUUUAAUCAUACACCAAGUAGCAUUGACGGAUGAGGGUGAAAUAAAAUGUACAGCAACCAAUCGUGCUGGUCAUGUGGUAACGAAAGCUCAUCUUUUUGUGCAGGCUCCGCCUAAAAUACGUUUGCCACGUACCUAUGAAGACGGUCUUAUCGUAGAGGCACAAGAGGUGUUACGUCUUAAAGUAGGUAUAGCUGGGCAGCCACCCCCCAUUGUGACCUGGUUCCAUGAGGGUGAACCUGUCAUUAAUAGGGACCGUUUUGAAAUUAUCAAUGCCGAACGCAAUUCUAUGUUAAAAAUUGAUAACAUUCAGCGGGAAGAUAGAGGCGAGUAUGAUAUACGCGCUUCCAACAAGCUCGGAGAAGACACGGCAUCUUUCCUAGUUACCGUCACAGCUAGACCAAAUCCUCCGGGCAAAGUUCGUCUUAAUAUGUCAUUUGGUAAAUCCGCCACUUUAUCUUGGACAACUCCGAUCGAUGAUGGCGGCUGUAAGAUUGGCAACUACAUCGUGGAAUACUUCCGAGUUGGCUGGAAUGUGUGGCUAAAGGCGGCCACAACCAGAUCGCUAAGCACAACGUUACAUGAUUUAAUAGAAGGCUCAGAGUAUAAAUUUCGUGUAAAAGCCGAAAAUCCAUAUGGCUUAAGUGACCCCAGUGAAGAAUCAGACAUUCUUUUCAUACCCGACCCUAAAAGAGGUAUUACAAAACCAAAAUCCGCUAUUAAAUUAAUUGAUAACAAAUUCGAAGAAAAGCCCGUGCCCCCACGCAGAAAAACUUUGUCGCCACCACGUUCGGUAGCUGAUGCAGCCACGGAAACAUUAACUUUUAGAAUAUCUCCAAGACAUGAACGAAAAUAUAAACCUCAACUUUUAGACUCCGAGGACUUACACAGAGAAAUGUCCUACGGAAUGCCGGAUCGACUUUUGAAGCAAGAAAUACACAAAAGUCCUUCACCUUUUACCAAUGGAGCUAAAUCUACCGAAAGCCCUAGUAAAUUGAUACGUUCGAAUUUGACAGCUCCUCUCAAAAAAGAGGAGAAGCUAUUUAAAACCUCACCUACAAAAGCUACGGAAUCGUUGCUAACAGUCUCGAAAUCGCCCCAGCGUUCUCCUACCAUGCCAAGUAAAUGUAUAGAAAUUCCGACGCCUUCAAAAACAGUAAACAAAUCACCACAACUUUCACCUUCAAAGGAAAACGCCGGAAAGGCUUCUGUGAAAAUGCUCCAAAAUGAAAAGAAAGAAAACCUAAUAUCCAAAAAAGAAAAACAGUCUCUAAAAAAGAUCGAGGAACAAUCAAAAGAAACUCAGGCAUCGAAAAGUGCGCCAACAAAAGAUAUCGCUAAGAAACCUGCACUUUUUCAAAGCCUACUUAAGCCAAAAGAAAAAUCCCCUUCAAAAUCCAAGCAAGUAUCGACUCCGUCUUUGGAGCAACUGCGAAAUGUUAGUUUGAGCCCCGAGUCAACAAAGGAUAAUCUAGGCGCAGUUAAAAGUUCUCCUGUUCCGAACGAUUCCGUUCAGAGAAGCUUAGUUACGGCUCUGGAACGCAGUACAGAGCCUGCAGAAAUGAACGAUCAUCAAUCAGUAAGACGUUAUUCCAAUCAUGCAUUGAGUCCAGCACGCAAUAUCCCCGAUCUAGCAAUAGCUGUAGCUGCCGAUAAUUUAAAUAAUACGACCGAAAGUUUUAAACCACCCAUUGAACAAGGUUCUAAUAGUAAUGCUUCAGUGAGAAAAUAUUCUGGUCACGCUCUUAGCCCAGCACGCAACGUACCUAACUUAGCCAUAGCCAUAGCUACUAGCAAUUUGGGCAACGCCAUUGACAUUGACAAGCAGUCUAUUGAAGAUAAGUUUAACGAUUUUGGUAAAGACAAUGGCUUGGCUUACAAACGACCCACGAUAGAUAUAAGCGCGCCUGCAACUAUUAUUGCCCCUCUGACACCAGAGACGUUAGCUUCUCCCACCAGCGCUUUAAGUCCUGAACCUUCUGAGAUGGCAUCUCCAAAUCUAUAUCAAUCAAACAACGACAAGCAUGAUGAUGUACAUACCAGUAACGAAUUCAUGCUUGUUGUAUUUAAUAAAAGUAGCAAAGUUAAGGAUAAUAAAGAUAAGCAAGAUUCCUUCGAAUUGGAUUUAGAAGAUGCCAUACAACCGCCCCCAAUCUCAAUUUCAGCCCCCGAUUUGGCUUUACUGGAAUACACAACCCUGCACACUACCUUCCCAAUCCGGCGUUCAGUAAGCUCUACCGAAUUAUUGUACGAACGAGCAAUGGCUCGUUUUUACGAAGCCGUUGAAUUGGAAGAGGCUGAAAAGGCGCGCAAACUUAAAAUUGCACAAGACAAACUAACGAGCACUACUAACAUCCAGCCACCUACUAUGCGUAAGCGUUUAGGGUCUAUGACAGAAGCGGAGCGUUUAUCGUUUGAGAAACGUAGUGAAUUGAGAAGACAAUCAGCAGACAUUACGUGUAACAUACAAAAAUGGAGCUCAAAAGAGAAUGUAAAUGAAAUGAAACCUAUAACACGAACCACGCCUAUGGUAUUAAACAAACGUCAGGAAAGUCAGGAAAGUGAAGAGUAUAGCGAGGAAUAUCCCGAGGCAAGUGCUUUGCAGAAAGAUGACAGUUUUGAACUAGGUUCGGAUUACACAGAAAGCACCGCCUCAUCCGAUGAAGAUUCCAUAGCGAAAUUUAAAAUGGAAUUAAUGGCACGGACACGUUCACCUAGUCCGCGUGAAUUAGAAACCUACCAUCCACGCAAUAUGACGGCGGGCAUAUUUACCCCCUAUAGAACGCCUACGCCCGAUGAAGCUGCCUUAGUACUUACACGACCAGUACCUUUACCCAGCCCAGAUUUCGUACCUAAACCCAUAUUGAAACGACCAUCAAAUGAGAAUGUUGGAUCGAUAACAUCGAGUGAUAAUGGCAACGCAAAUAAUAAAACGGAGCAAUCGAGUAGUGAGAAACUAGAUAUAGCUAAGGGUAUUAAGGCCUUCUUUAAACGAGACAAACAACGUACCAAUGAAACCGAAAAAAAUACCGAAGAAAAUGAAAUGUUAUCAAACCCUCAAGAAAAAUCCAACAUUUCAAUAUUGGCUGCAGAAAUAGAAAAAAAAAGACGAGCUAAAGAAGAGGAAGAGUUACGCAAACGUCAAGAAGCUGAACGUAUAAUGAUGGAAGAAGCGCAUGCGGCAGCAGAUCACUAUAGUGAAUUAGUACAUCUGGUCAGCACUACACGAAAAUAUCAUACACCCAUUUAUAUGGAUCAGGAAGAACUGAAAAAAGUAACUGCCAAAGCCGUCGAGGAAGGGGAGGCAACUGGAGAAGAUGAAGAAAAUGAAGAUAUAAAUCCACAACCUGUGCAAGCGGAACCACAGCCUAUUCUAGCGCCACCAGCAACAAAUAAUAAACCAAAGCUUCCCAUUUUGGAGAAAGAACAAGUAAAAUAUGUGAGUAAUACACCCACUGAAUUAACAGUUGAUAUCAUAACUGCGGAAAGUAAUCAAGUACCCGAAGCAUCCAGCGAGAAUAACUUAUCCUCACAACAGCCAAAACUUUCAUUAGUCCCUCCAACAGAAGAUCAAGAAGAGACUAUAGAGACCACUAUAUUAAGUGAAACUGUAGAAGAAAGACCCGAUUCUCGGGGCCGUCCCCGUUUAAUUAAAGUGAAACGUAUUCUUAAGAAACGAGUACCAUCCAGCACACGUUCACGCGACACAUCACUUAGUCGACCACCCUCCCAGCAAGAUCAUAUAAUAGGAGGGCAACAAAGAGUUGUCUCAAGAACGAGACGUUCAACCACAGCGGAAUCUAGAUCUCCAGUACCCACAGGUCGUCAGAUCUUACCUUCAAUAAAAUCAACAUCCCAAGCAAAUGAAGAAGAACGUAAAUCAUCCAGCCAAGGAGAUAUCGACCCAGUUAACGGUAAAACUCAUGAACAACUUAUAGCAGAAGCACAUGAAAACGUGCGUUCAGCAGUCAGCUACUCAACCGACCUAAUACUGUUUAUGGUUGCUUGCUACGUAUAUUUGUUCAAAGACGCAAGACUGGUAUUACCGAUAUUGGCCCUAAUGAUCUAUCGUCAAUUGGGCGAAGCCAUCAACAAAUGUAUACCGAAUUGGUUGAAACGCAAAAAACAAUAAGUUUAAGUUCCCGUUUUCUUAUCCACAUCU